GCCGCAGUGCUGGGGAGUAGGUUGCGGCAGGGCCGCAGGCUGUGCACAUUUCAGAGAUGGCGCAAAGUUUGUGCUACAGGGUACAGAGGUGAGGCGAUGGGCGGUGAUGGAGGCUGAGGGGCGGGGCGAGCAGGGCAGGGCAGGGGAAGCUCCGGUGGUGCUUUGUCAUGACGGUGGCCAGUUCGGGAAGUACUGUAGCGUCUUCACAGCUUCUUAUAAGGGUACUGUUUUGACUUUGAUAUCUGCACCUUCGUCUUGUGGGAAGCUGUUUGUGCUUGGUGGUGACUGUUCUAUUUUCCAUAUGUUGGCUGGUACUAGUUGUGGUGUAGCUGCAACUGAUGUAGUGUGGUCAUAUGAUCCCAUCCUCAGACUCUGGGAUCGGCGGGCAUCCAUGUUAGUACCCCGGGUAAACUUUGCUUGCUGUGUGCUGGAAGGAAAGAUUAUUGUUGCAGGUGGUUUCAACAACUUGCGACAGCCCACCUCUAAGGCUGAGAUCUAUGACCCAGAGAAGGAUGUUUGGGUUCAGCUUCCUGAUCUUCCUUACACACAUCAUUCAGGAUGUUCUGGGGUAGUGGUUGGUGACAAAUUCCAUGUGUUGCACAAGGGGUGUUCAAAAGUGCUAGUCUUGGAGAAUCCUUGCCGUGAGUGGGCAAUCAAAGACUAUGGAUGGUUGGAUAGCCCAAUGGCAAUGUCAGUCGUUGGUGGGGAGCUUUAUGUGUUAAACAAGAGAGUCAUAUUCAAGCAGAACAAGGAGGGAAGGCUACAAAAGGUGGCAGCAGCAGUGCAGCACCAUUUAAUGCCUUCAACUAUCAUGGUGGACUGGGGUUUACGAUGAUCGGAUUAGGAGAUGAACUUUACUUGAUUGGAGGAGUUCUUAAAUCCGAUGGCAAAUGGUAUAUAGAAAUCAAUGCCCUUAUGGUUGGGAUCCAGAGACCAACUUUGCUCCAUAUCUCCAAUGUGAGGGAAUGCCGUGCCUCAAUACUUGGGUGUGCAUUGUUGAGGAUCUAAUGUUGCUUUUGGUUGUGGUCUUGGUGGUGCUCUUGUGGGUUUCAUUUCCCCAAUUGGAAGGAAGAUAGAGAGUAGUGUUCUCUUAUACCCAGCUUCUCCCUGUUUUUGUUAGUGAACAUUAAGAUUGUACCAGAUGGGACUGGUUUAAUGUAGUUCUUAUACGAGUCUCAAAUAAUAUUACAUUAAUUGGAUCAGUUCAUACAUGAGCAAGUGCCUCAAGGUGCUACAGGAUUGGAUAUGCACUGCCACCUCUGCCGCGCCAUAGAGGGACCCCAUCCCCAAGAAUGGUUACCAAUCGCAGCUUAAAAAUUUUCGUAGAUAAUUUAUGGAGAUGAUCAAAGUGUAAAAAUACACUUACACCCCCUUGUUUUAUUUUUUCCCCCCUUUGGUCAACUACGAACACCUCUCUUUAAGUUUCUAAAAUAUUGUAACUGCCCUUAUCGAUUUUCUUUUUGGGUAAACCCUCCUUUUAUAGAUUAUGAUACACCUUCCUUUAGUCUAAUUUUUACCCUGAAAAAAAGGUCUAGUUAUUGAUUUUUUUUCUUGACUUAUUCCUAAUGAAUUGCCCAAUGGGACUCUACUCAUGCACACUAGAGGGGAACGGGAACGAUAGGGCGAAGGGGAAGCCAGUGCGUUAAGCAUUGGAUUCACAAAUUUUAUUGACUUUACACCUGAAUAGAUCAAUGAAUCAAAGAUUGUUUUUGGGGGUCAUGGAGUUCGUAAUCUGGUCAUGUGAGUGUUCAAAUUAUGAAAUGUCUGCUUGGACUGUUUGGUUCUAUAGUAAAUAUGAUUAACUUUUACUCCAA